AUAUCCGAAACCUGGUCUUUUCUGCGUAUAUCCCGGCGUUCUCUCUCUCCGUGUAAUAGUUACCAGCACAUAGUGGAUUACAUCGACACGCAGUCCGAGUCGUACUUACAGGAGGAGCUGAAGAUCAAGCGCUCGCUCCAUAACUACCUCGACUCCAGGAUCCACGCGUGUCUGUACUUCAUCGCUCCGUCCGGACACUCGCUCAAAUCCCUAGACCUGGUCACUAUGAAGAAACUGGACAGCAAGGUCAACAUCAUCCCCGUCAUCGUUAAAGCCGACACCAUCUCCAAGAGCGAGCUGCACAAGUUCAAGAUCAUGAGCGAGCUGGUGAGCAACGGCGUGCAGAUCUACCAGUUUCCCAUCGACGACGAGACCGUGGCCAACAUCAACACCGCCAUGAACGGUCAUCUUCCGUUCGCCGUCGUCGGCAGCAGCACAGAGGAGCUGAACAUCGGGAACAGUAUCCCUGGGGCGUCGUGCAGGGUGAGCCUGACAGGAAGUGACAGGACAGGACAGGAAGUGACCUCAUGAGUGACACCUGAAGCCACCAACCGCUGCUCCUUUAGAGUACUCAACAAUA